AUGGAAACAUACCUACAAUACCGCCGGAUAGGACAAGCCUUGAAGGAACAACUCGAGUCUGAUGUCGAAGCUGUCCGGAGUCUGCCAUGUCUUUCUCGUCAAAAGACUCGCAUCGUCAAUGGUCGAACAGUCCUUGUCGUCGAAUGGGAUGGACCAGACGAUCCUCUGCAUCCACGCAACUGGCCAUUUCACGAGCGCUUCAGAGCUACCCUUGUCAUAUGCAGCAUCGGCUGUCUCGUCGGUGCUGCCGCUUCCCUGGACGGUGCAGUCAUCCCGCAAGCCGCAAAGGACCUUGGAGUCAGCCAGGUCACCGAGAGUUUCGGCGCCAUCAGCAGCUUUCUGUUAGGCUUUGGGCCCGGCGCCUUGAUUUGCGGGCCGUUUUCGGAAGUCCUUGGCAGGAACCAGAUCUAUCUGCCCUCGCUGGCGCUGUUGUGUCUCUUCAUCAUGGCUUCAGCGCUUGCGCCUGAUAUUGGCAGUCAGAUCGUUUUCCGAUUCUUCGCUAGCGUUGUCGGUGCAGCGCCCUCUGUGUGCGCCGGAGGAUCUGUUGCCGACAUGUUCACCGCGCUGGAGAAGACCUUCAUAUUCCCAUUCUUUAGUAUAUUCGGGUUUGGAGGAGCUGCGCUCGGUCCUGUGAUGGCCGCUUGGAUCCCGGAAUCACCUGUCCUCCAUUCCUGGCGCUGGGCGGAAUGGGUGACUCUUAUGUUUGCAGGAGUUGUCCUCUUGACCACCUUUCUGUUCCAACCGGAGACAUAUCCUCCUGUCUUAUUGAGCUGGAAGGCGAGGCAGUUGCGAAAGAUCACUGGCGACGAUCGAUAUUACGCUGAGCACGAAAUGGAGCGCAUAUCAUUGCUGACACGUCUGGGGGCGGCGCUUCGCCGGCCGUUUAUCCUAGCUCUGCACGAGCCGAUUAUUCUGCUUGUCUCGUUCUAUUUAUGUCUGGUCUACGUUAUCCUGUUCACGUUCCUCAACGGGUAUGACUUCAUCUUUCGCCAAACAUACGGAAUCUCACAAGGUUUGACGAAUACAAUCUUCGUUGGAAUAUUUGUUGGCGUCUGUAUCGCAUUCGGAUGCGUACCAUGGAUCUACAAUAGGACGGUCAAAGCCCAACGGAAGGCGGUUGCUGAAGGGAAGACGCAAUUCGACCCUGAGAUUCGACUUUGGUACGCCAUGCUGGGUGCACCAGCCAUGCCGAUCUCAUUGUUCUGGAUGGCUUGGACCUCUUACCCACACAUAUCAAUUUGGUCUUCGAUCACAGCCUCGGUCUUGUUCGGGUUCGCCGGCGUCAUGGCCUUCAUCACCACAUACAUGUAUCUCAUCGACACAUAUGAGACGUACGCUGCCAGCGCGCUCGUAUUCGCCACGCUCUCGCGCUACUUGUGCUCCGGUGGCAUGGUAGUCGCCGCGACUCCCUUCUACCAGAACGUUGGGCACCACUGGACGCUUACGAUUCUUGGGUGCCUGAGUCUCUUGCUGACACCCAUUCCCUAUGUUUUCUACAGGUACGGACAUAUCAUUCGGAGGAAGAGCCGUUUUGCAGUGACCACCAAGGAUGACCUGAAUAAUGGGCAAUUGGAGCUGCCAGUAUCAAUGGGCUCUUCGUCUUCGACCCUCCCAAGCGAAGAAGAUGAGAAGGUGGAGGAGCAGUCGUAA